AUGUCUACCACUGACCAUAACGAUUCCGACAAACCUAACGACUCAGGCAACCCCAUUGAUUCCGAGCACCCUGACCAAUCCGAGAACCUUGACCCCUCCUCCCUGGAUCUACAGAGACAGGGACCUCCUCAUGAAGUCAAUAUUUGUUCCGGUAAUUCUGGGCCGGAAAUCCCGAAAAACUCUCAUGACAAAAACCCUCUUCUCAGUGAUGUUGAUUUGGAUAAAAUCAGUGACGGGGACUAUCGUGUCGUACGGUCACUGCUGAAGAGUACGAGCAACUGGAAUAGGAGAAAUAUCCACUUCAGUGAUCGUGAGUCGGACGAGGUCGAUGCCGAGCUACUACCGUGCUUUAAGGAACUGGCAAAUCAAGAGUUUUUCCGUGGGCAAACCAGGACCCUUCGGUUGAGUGGUCGUGACUCAGAAGUCGAUACCAAAGCCAUACGUUUGAUCAAAGAACUACAAGAUCAAGAGACGUCUCGUGGGAAACCCCCUCGAUCGAAUGGUCACGACUCCAAUGAAGCCGACGCCGGGGUCCGACCCUUCUUUGAGGGGCUGGAGGAACUCGAAAGUCAAAAUGCUUCUCGUGGAAGAGUUAUAUGUAUCAGUGAUCAUAAUUCGGGUGAUCAAGAGGAGUCUGGCGGGCAAGAGGAAGCUGACCAGCAAGGGGACAAGCCGGAGGAGGCUGACAAGAAGGGGGAAAAGCAAGGGGAGGCUCACAAACAAGGGAGAAAGAGAAAGGAGGUUGACAAGCAAGAGGCAGGUCAAGGACCGGAAUGGAUGGCGGCACUAGCAAAAUGGAUUGGUCGGCCAUGGUUUCCUCGACCAAGGAGCCAACACAGGAAACGGGAUUAG